AUGUCCGAUGAAUCCGAUAUCGAAAUGAAAUCGGCGCCGAUGAAGUCCAAAAGAACACCAGCUAGUCCCACAAGUGAGAUGUUAAAAGAACCUAAGAAAUUAACAACAAAAGAAAUGAUUAGAGAAGCAUUGACUGAGUUGAGAAGUAGGAAGGGAACCUCAAUGUUCGCUAUCAAGAAAUACUUGGAACUCAAAUAUAACGUGGACGUGGAAAAAAUAAAACACAUCAUCAAAAAAUAUAUUAAAACCAGCGUUGAAGAUGGAACUAUAGUGCAGACUAAAGGCAUAGGUGCGUCUGGAUCGUUCAAAUUGGUCGAAAAGGAAAAGAAAGUUAAGAAAGAAAAGAAAGAUAAAAAAGAUAAAAAGGAAAAGAAAGAAAAAAAAGCCAAUCAAACCGAAAAAAAAGAAAAAACAAAACCUAAAACCAAAAACGAAACCAAUACGGAUGAUAAAACAAAAAAGGUAAAAAAAGAUACCAAAGAUAAAAAAGAUAAAGCCAAACGAAGUGUUAAAGAAAAGAAUGAUAAGAUUGUUAAGACUCCAGCUAAGAAGAGGGCUAUGAUGAAGAGGAAGAGCAUCGGCUCAAUCAUCAAACCACCGAAAAUGCGACCAGCUAAAGUUAAUAAGGUUUCGAAAUAA